AUGAGUCAUAGCCGACACAGUGAGAGGCGAGAGAGCCGCCGUGAGCGGCGGAAAGAGAGCCGCCACAGUGUCAAGAAGCACCACCAUCACCGCAGCAGUGGCGGCAGCUCUCGACAUCGUCAUAAUGUCAUUAACGAGAAAACUCCAGUGCCGCGCGACUUUCACUGCCAUAUUUGCGGCAAGCAGCACUGGACGGUGUACUGCGAUCGACUACAGCAGCAUCCGGAGAACUAUCCGCUAAUGGACGCCGAGCGGGGGUGCCGCCAGUGUGGUCAGCAGGGUCACUCGGCGUCGCAGUGCCGCAUCAAGAAGUACCUGUGUCGCGACUGCGGUGGCAUGCACGACACUCGCGACUGCAUCUUCUCCCACGUUGGCGAGGACUGGUAUGAGUUCUAUGAUCCACAGACCCGCCAUGUCUACUAUGCGAACUCUGAUGAGUCUCAAAUCCAGUGGAACCCGCCAACGCAUGAACUGGACACCAUCUACUGGUACUGUAGUCGAUGCCAGGUGAUGAUAUCCGCCAAGUUCCGCGAGUGUCUUUUGUGUCACUCCAUCCGCCCUGAGUCGAAACAACAGGAGACGCUCACAGCGGACUCGGACUCGGACAGCAGCAGCUCCAGCUCUACCUCCAGUAACAGCAGCAGCAGCGAUACCAGCUGUCUCAGCCCCAGCAGUAGCAGCUCCGGCAGUACCAGCAGCAGCGAUAGUAGCAGUGAUGACGACGACGAGCAAAGCCCUGCUGGAAGGCUCCGUGACAGAGCUUCGUAG